AGCACGCUCUGGACGAACGCGUACAUUUCCAGGUUCGGUAGAGAAGGAAGGGGGACGAGCGAGGUGUUGCUCUGCAGGUCGCAGCAGCUGUUUGGUCCUUGCUUAUUUAGUUCCGCCUAUCAACACGCCCUUGUUCCUGUAAUAAAUAUCGACAGCCACAGCUCACGGGGGCUAGUUUUCUGCUUCUCUCUUCCUGUUGCUGCCGCCUGUUCCCCGGAUCGAGGUGCCCGCUAUAUCUCUUUCCCUGUCAGAAGACCAUGGAGACAGAAAUUGAACAGCAAGAAGAUACUUCAUUCAGCAACACGGAGACAAACGGUAAGCGCCCUGCUGAGGAUGCAGAUGAGCAGAAAUCAUUCAAGCGCUCCAGGAACUCUGACGAGAUGGUAGAGCUUCGCAUCCUCCUGCAGAGCAAAAAUGCAGGAGCUGUAAUUGGAAAAGGUGGCAAAAACAUCAAAGCCCUUCGUACAGACUACAAUGCCAGUGUGUCAGUCCCAGACAGCAGUGGGCCUGAGCGCAUCCUGAGCAUCAGUGCCGACAUCGAGACAGUUGGAGAAAUCCUGCUGAAGAUAAUCCCAACACUGGAAGAGUACCAGCAAUACAAUGGCAUGGAUUUUGACUGUGAGCUGCGUCUGCUGAUCCACCAGAGCCUCGCUGGCUCGAUCAUUGGAGUGAAGGGAGCCAAGAUCAAGGAGCUCCGAGAGAACACAAAGACCAGCAUCAAGCUGUUUCAGGAGUGCUGUCCUCAGUCGACAGACCGGGUGGUUCUGGUUGGCGGUAAAACGGAGAGGGUGGUGGAGUGUAUCAAGACUAUGCUGGAGCUCAUCGCUGAAGCUCCCAUAAAGGGCCGCGCACAGCCCUACGACCCUAACUUCUAUGACGAAACAUAUGAAUACGGUGGUUUCACCGUGAUGUUUGAAGAGAGGGGAGGCGGCCGCAGGCUCAUAGGAGGCUUCUCCAUGCGUGGGGGCGGCAGGUCCAGCGGUGGGGAUCGUGGGUUCGACCGAAUGCCCUCCAGCAGAGGGGGACGGGGACCCAUGCCUCCCCGCCCCCAUCGGGAUUACGAUGAGAUGAGCCCCCGCCGAGGCCCUCCACCCCACCCGAGUAGGGUCAGCAGGGGGAGUGGCCGUGGACGCAACAUGCCCAUGGGACACCCACACAGAGCAGGAGAAGAUCGUUACUAUGACUCGUACCGUGGCUCAGAUGAAAGGUCAAAUGACAGAAGAGGCAGACCGGAUCGCUAUAACGAUAACAUGAGCGGAGGAGGAUAUGACAACAGUUCUUCCUGGGAUAGCUACCAGUCAGGUGGACGUGGCUCCUAUAAUGACAUGGGUGGCCCUGUCAUCACCACACAAGUGACGAUCCCUAAAGAGCUGGCCGGCUCUAUCAUUGGUAAGGGAGGCCAGCGGAUCAAACAGAUCCGCCAUGAGUCAGGGGCCUCCAUUAAGAUCGAUGAGCCUCUGGAAGGCUCUGAGGACCGAAUAAUCACCAUCACUGGCACUCAGGAUCAGAUCCAGAAUGCCCAGUACCUUCUACAGAACAGUGUGAAGCAGUUCUCUGGUCAAUUCCUGUAGACCCAGGAGACUCAGAUUGAAGCAGACUCAGAUUGCCCCCCCUUCCCCCUCCCCUCAACCUUUCUUCCCCUGUCCAACACAUCCCCUUCAGACUAUUAUUCUGGAUUGUGGGUGUCUUUUUUGAAUUUUAUUUUUGUAUUUUUUAAUGAAACAAAUGUCCGACAUUCCUGUGCAUAAAAGAAAAUGUAGAUGUACUGCAUUUUAAGAGUGUAGUCCAUUAGUUUAUCAGAUACAGUUUGCUUUUUUUUUCCUAACACACAUCUAUCAAAUUAUUCUUCAGUCUCCUGACAGACGAAAAAAAAUAAACAUAACCUUUAUUUUUUG